GUUCUAACUUCUAUUACGGCUUCCCAAUGGCCUGGCAAAUAAUUUCUUCUCUUCAUCUUUUCUUCUACACAUCUCUUUCUCUGAUAAGUUUGACAACAAGUCAAAAUAAUCCGAUAUUUUUAGGCUGGAAAUGUGAAGACUCAAAUGGGAACUAUACUAAAAAUAGUCUUUUCCAUUCAAACCUCUUAAAUGCCUUCUCUAAUCUUACCUCCCUCUCCUCUUCCAAUAUCUUCUCCAACUACUCUGGAGGCAUACGCGAGGAUGCUGCAAACGAAGUCUUUGCCUUAUAUGACUGUCGAAACGACCUUCCACUUCGAACAUGCCAUGAUUGCGUUGAGGAAGCCGCAAAGAAUCUCUUGGAGAUUUGCACCUCCAAAGAGGCCAUAACCUACUAUGAGCAAUGCAUGUUACGGUAUGCAAACCGUCCAAUCUACAACAUCAUGGAGUUGAAGCCCCAACUUUAUUUCUGUGAGAUCAGUAUACCUGAUGGAGGCGAGUUAAAUCGAACUGUUGAACCGAUCUUAAAAGGGCUAAUAGAUGAAGCUACAAUGGAGAACUCAUCGCGCUACUUUGGACUAGGAGACGAGAGUUAUUUUGAGUAUCAAAGAGUAUAUUCUAUGGUGCAAUGUACUCCUGAUAUAAGUAGGGAGCAAUGCAAGGAGUGUUUGAUGAAUUCCUUGAAUUACACCCUUCAAUGUUCAAAUGAUAGUAUGAUGUCAAGUUAUCAUGGCGUGCCAAGUUGCUUUAUGAGAUACGAUUUCGUAUCUUUCUACAAUAUAUCGUCACCAAGCCCUUCACCAGUUCCUCCCAUGGCUACCAUGUCAACACACUCAAGGACUACUAGUAAUGGAGGUCAACGUUUGUAUUCUAUUAGAAACUUAAUUUUUAUUUUCUCCUUUUCUUUGGUAAUCAUGCAUGUAAUGUUAUAACAUUGUUUCUCAAGUGAAAUAUACCUAGAGCAAAUAUGUACGAUUACUUGUAUAUUUAUGGUCAAACUAAUGCAUUGUACUGUAUAUUAGAUUUUAUUAUAU